GUCUGUUAUGAAUCAACUGCAUAAAUGUUUUCUUGUCGUUGUUGUUGUUGUUACCGCUGUCAAUAACUGAAUACAUUUGCAUUAUGAGGACACCAUCGACAGUUGUGAAGAAACCAAGAAAUCAAUAUGCACUAUCACUAAUUAGUCGUUGUUUAGAUGACCCAAACUUUGUGAAAAAACAUCUUGAAAUCGAUGCUAAUGGAGAGCAUGCUACAAAUACUCUUGAAGAUUUAUUAUUCUUACGUAAUUUUUUGCAAAGUUCAUCGUUUCGUCAGUGCUUAACUUUAAUUGAUUCUCUUGCUGAUUCCAACUCCAAACCAAUCAUAGAAAAAUUGCGACCCACUAACAGGUCAUUAAGGGAUAGUCUACAAGCUUUAUCAGAGUUGUGGUCAGAAUUAGAAGAGUUUGUUAUGCGUACGAGAGAAAAAGAUGAACCAGAAGCUCAUGAACUUUACGAUCUUCUCGCUGAUAUUCACAUUAGAGAACUUUUAGUAGCCUAUGAUGAUAUUGCUAACUAUCGAUAUGUGAAUGAAGACUUCAACUUGAUUCCAAUCUACGUAGAGGAGGAUAAUGACUCAUUUCACAUAAAUCCAGAACCACAAUCAUCUUUUCACCUAAAUUCUUCGAGAGAUAAUCAUAUUCACAGAUACAACGAUCACGACAGUACAUCAGAUACACGGAAUUAUGAAUUGCAUCAGAGUAAACCUGAAUUCUCUGAAGGUUCCAUCGAAUCGUUGCAUUGUAAAGUGUAUCAUUCAGAAUCAAUCGAAGUAGCGUAUAUUGAUGACGUAAAUAUCAGCGAAUUGCGUAGACACUCAAAAGAUGUAUUUCACACUGGUGAUGAUGGGAUUGGCGGUGUUCAGUCUACUACUAAAGAAGAAGAAGAUGAUGUUAAUACCGUACUGCAUCACCGUGAUUCAAGUCAUUCUGUACAAACUGUUAUCAAUAGAUUUGAAGCAUCGGAUGUAGAAAUUCGUUAUAAUCAUCGUGAGGAGAAACGCUUGCAAGAGUCGAAUCAUCCAAGCAGAACACCGUCUGUAGAUGAUACACAGAAGCCUGUCUCCCCAACAAAUACUCCUGAAUCUGCAAAGCAACAAUCAGAAAGAUCAUCUUCUAAAUCACGCAAGCCAAAAUAUUUGAAUAAUAAUAUGCCUACUGAGACCGAUUCGAACUCCAAGUUGAACAGUCCUAUCUCAUCUCCGAGCAAAACACCUACAACAAAAGGUAGGAAGAAAAAACAUUUUCAUGGUUCGGAUAGUACUCUUCGAUCACCUGAUCUAAAUCAACACCGCCAUAAGCCUUUUCGAGAUCCAUCUAUAGGAACACAAAGUUUACCUAGAAAUCAUGGUCAGCCUUUGAGAGAACCACGACAUACUUCUGGUCGUAGUCAUCGUGAAAGUACUCAUCAUAAACUUCCACAGCCAGGUGUACCCAGAAAGGUUCAUUUAAGACGUGAUCAUCCUGGUGAGGAUCUAGGUAUUACUGUGGCACUGCGUACUCCGUCACCAUCUCCAUCUUCUCCGACAACUUUCAAUGGAGUUACAAUACAAUCAGUUUCACAGCCUGUUAUAUCUAUUCAAAGAAUAUUGGCGGGAUCAUUAGCUGAUAGGCAGGGUUCCUUGUAUCCAGGUGAUAUUUUACUUGAAGUGAAUAGUCUUCGAGUUCAUACCUUAGAACAAGUAUUCUCUCAAAUCCAACAGACAUCUAGUUCAUUGGAUUGUCAACUUUUAGUACAAGCUCCUAAAGAAGGCAUUCUACGUUGUGGAAUUCAGCGUGGAAACUAUAAUUCAAAAAGCAAACGUUAUAUUCGGUGUUUAUUCGACUAUGAUGCAACAAAGGAUACACUUCUGCCUACUGGUGAUGUCGGUCUUUCCUUCAAAUCUGGAGAUGUGUUAGAACUGGUUGACGAUCAAGAUCCUAAUUGGUGGCAGGUUCGCUCAUUGAAAGAACCCAAUUCUAAAGCACGGUUAAUACCAUCACAGACACUUGAAGAACGCCGUCAAGCUUUCAAUCAAGAAAAGCUUCAAUCACACAAUAAUCGUAAAUCGUGGAGAAAGGUUAAAACAUUCUUCAGGGCUGCUGAUGCAUCAGGCUUACGUCUACGCUCAGAUAUAUGGAGUUACGAAGAGGUUGUGCCAUGGCCACAAUCGAAAGUACCUUGUCUUCUGUUAAUUGGACCAAAUGGAGUUGGUCGACGUAACUUGAAGGUACUGCUUGCGAAAUAUGAACCGAAUCGUUUUGCUUACCCUAUAACAGAUACCACUGAUUCAACAUUGCCGACAAACUUGUUCAAAGUUUUAUCAAAGGAUCAGAUGGAAGCUGAUGUGAAAUCUGGCGCUUACGUUGAAUGGGGAAAAGUUGGUGGUCAUUAUUAUGGAAUUCGUUUCUCAGAACUACGCAGAAUUAUAGCCAAUGGAAAAACUGCCGUAUUAGACUGCCAACCUCAAACGCUACAUUUAUUGCAUCAACCUGAAUUUAAUCCUUGUGUUGUUUUCGUCGCUGCUCCAUCGUUUGAAGUAGCUAAAACCAUGUUACAUGACGGUUUGCAAGCCAAUGUAACUACAAACAUUCGCUCUGAUGAAGAACUACAGUCUAUUAUAAAGGACUCUAUGUCCAUGGCAGUAAUAUAUCGUCAUUUAUAUUCGCAUACUUUGAUCAAUAAAAACAUGAAAGAAAGCGUUGAAAAAUUAAAUCGUCUGGUAUCAAAGUUGGAACGUCAACCGUGUUGGAUACCUUGCGGUUGGGCCUACGAACUGAGCAUUCCAUAUAGAUCAGGACGCAAUGAAAACUCACCCUACAUACCAGGAUCAAGCAGUUUGAGUGCUCUUGGCAUACAUGAUUUGCCACCAUCCUCUAGAUCCUCAGCACUUUCAAAAUCUGUUAUCUCUGAGGCAUCGGUUGAAUCUGCUUCUAGACUUGCUCGACCUCCGAGGAUUUGCAGCGGAAAUUUACUAAAUACUACUAGUCGUGAUCGUCACCCUAGUGGCCAUAGAAUGUAUGAAAGGCAUCGACGUGCUCAACAUGAGAUUCAUCAUCCUCCAAUACCUGAACAAGAUACACCAUCAGAAUCUAUUGAUAGUCGUUUUUUGAAUAAAACCUCGGUUGACCGAAUGAAAUCGAAGUAUAGUCUUCCUUCCACUCAAGAACCUGCCCAACCAGAUCUCCGUAUCCAGACACCAGUCACUUCAGAUCAGGUUGGUGACAAAGAGGCUUCAGAAAAUAACACCAGUGAAGAUGAAAUGAACAUAAGACAGGUGGAAAACUUAUCGACUGACGAGUCUAGUGUCAUUAAAAUGCCUCCUACCAAACCUAACCUUAGAAGUGUACCGGCUGAUAAAACGGAUUGUGAUUUCAGCUCAACUUCUACGGAUGAUUCUGAUGGUGAUAAUGAAGAAGUCAGUCUUUAACUAAACACAGUUUUUUAUUCUAAAAACAACAUUAAUGCAAUUAUAUACAUGUUCUUCCAUUCAGUGGACUAUACUUUCAUACUUCACUUUAUUACCUCCUGAUUAAUUUCCUUAUAACUACCCAGAUAUUUCCACAAAUUUUGCUCAUCCGAACUAUUAUAACUUUUCAUAGUUUUUAUACGUUUUUGAGGACGAAUCUACGGCAGCUUUACUAUUUACUUAUAUCAAUUUCUUUAUAUUUUUGAGUAGUCACGCAUUCUUUUUUAUGAAUGUGAAUAAUUUUCAGUCUAAGAGUGAACUGCUUAUUUAACUUUUUCAUGUCAUACCAGUAUUUCGUUUUGAUUGCAUCAGUCUAUAACUUUGACUAUUCUGAAUUUUGUAGUACUGUUUUAUUUUUUGACGUUUUUUUCCAACACAUUUUAGUAUUAAACGAAUUGUUUUUACGUAGAAAUUUUUAAAUUAUACACUUUAUCCUUUGUUUCUCUCAAUUAUGAAGUAGUUCGAAACCUUUUGGUUGUAUUACGUUCUAUGAUUUAGAUGUUUUAAUUGUUAAGUUCUAUACUCUUUUCAGACAUCAUGAGAACUAACUUCACUAUGAAUUGAGCUAUCAGGAUUUCUCCAUAAGUGAUUGAAUAAUCUAUACUGAUGAAGCGGUGAAUGAUUGGUAGUUUUCUUGAACUGUUGUGUCUUCGGCUGCUCAAAUUUUUUUACUGACCGUUUCUCUACCUUACCUUGUAGUUGCUCACAAGAGUCACAUAUCUUUCUAAUAUCUACCAUCAAUUGUGAUUUUUAUGUUGAUGAAAACGUUGUUGAUCAAGUUCUGAGUGCUUUUCAAUUCAUCUUUUUUGAUGGGAAAAUAUAUCGUCUACCUAAAGGAUCCAAAUUAUCGGUUUUAUCACCAUAAUAAACGACGGUUUUCAAGUCUUCUCAAUAUAAGAUAAAUAUAUAAUUGGGAUGGUCUAAUCUGAAUCGGCAUAGCUACUGUAAAUUAAAUAACCCGGAACAUAUCGUACAGAAGAUAAUGUAUCAUUGGAUAGCAUUCACCUCAUGAUUUAGGCUGCCUAGGCUUAACUACAUCUUUACUUAUUCUCAUUCGGAGUUGUUCAAUGGUAUGGAAAAACAGAUAGCACCAUUGCAGCAAAUUAAUAAAUAAAAGUAGAGAUUAUGUGAA